AUGUCUCCACUAGCUUUAAUUAAUUUUUUAACAAGAAUCGGUUUUUCGGAUGAUAACGGUACACAAUUGGUGCAUCAUUUAGGUGGAAUAGAUCAUUUAAUGACAUGUUCAAAUCGUCAAUUAGCCGCGAGUAAUGUUUCACUUUAUUUACGUAUACGUUUAAUUCGUGCUAUAAAAUGUUUUCAUAUGGAAAAAUGGUCAAAACAUAUUAUGUUAAAUUUUAAAGAUACUUCAUCAUUUUAUAACAUAUUUGAAAAAUUGAUUUAUCAGUUGCUUAAAGUUCACUGUAUUAUAAUCUAUUAUAAAUGGACGCUUGGCUAUAUUCAAGCUCAUAUGAUGAUGCGUUCAAACAACAUGGUGGAUGAUGACAUUGAAAUUGUUUAUCAAAACUUAGUGAAUACACGAGACGCCAUUCAAACUCUUCACUCUAUCAUAACAUUGACAAAAAAGCAUCUUUCUUAA